GAAGACCGGAGGAGAGGAGAGGAGAGAGAGAGAGAGAGAGUUGUGAGCGUGCCGCCCGGCCACAGCUAAAGCAGGCGCGCGCUGCACGGAUGCUGGAGGCGCUCGCCGCGCGCCCUGCUCCCCGCCACCAUGUCCAACCCUCCGCACGACCCGUUCUACUCGUCCCCGUUCGCGCCCUUCUACCGGAGACACGCGCCGUACGUGGUGCAGCCCGAGUACCGGAUCUACGAGCUCAACAAGCGCCUGCAGUCCCGCACUGAGGAGAGCGACAAUCUGUGGUGGGACGCGUUCGCCACAGAGUUUUUCGAGGAGGACGCCACGCUGACCCUCUCCUUCUGUCUGGAGGAUGGACCAAAGAGAUACACUAUCGGGCGGACCCUCAUCCCCCGUUACUUCAGCACGGUGUUUGAGGGGGGCGUGACAGACCUGUACUACAUCCUCAAACACUCCAAAGAGUCCUUCCACAACUCCUGCAUCACUGUGGACUGCGACCAGUGCACCAUGGUCACCCAGCACGGCAAGCCCAUGUUCACCAAGGUGUGUACGGAAGGCCGUCUGAUCCUGGAGUUCGCCUUUGAUGAUCUGAUGCGGAUUAAGACGUGGCAUUUCACCAUCAGACAGUACCGAGAGCUCAUCCCACGCAGCGUCCUCGCCAUGCAUGCUCAAGACCCUCAGGUUCUGGAGCAGCUCUCCAAAAACAUCACCCGAAUGGGUCUCACCAACUUCACCCUCAACUACCUCAGGUUGUGUGUUAUACUGGAGCCCAUGCAGGAGCUCAUGUCCCGACACAAGACCUACAGCCUCAGCCCCAGAGACUGUCUCAAAACCUGCCUGUUUCAGAAGUGGCAGCGGAUGGUGGCGCCUCCAGCUGGACAUCCACAGAACUUCAAAACGGAAAUUUUCCCCACAAAUCACAAAAAAGAGCCCACUCGACAGACCACCACAAAAAGGAGAAAGAGAAAGAACUCGGCCAGCAGUGCGUCUAACAGUAGCCUUGGCAACAGUGCAGGCAGCAAGAAACGGAGCCCAGCCAACAGCUUCAGCCUGACCAGCCAGGUACCUGAUGUGAUGGUGGUAGGCGAGCCCACCCUGAUGGGCGGGGAGUUUGGUGACGAGGACGAGCGUCUGAUCACGCGGCUGGAGAACACGCAGUACGACGCAACUAACGGCCUGGACGAUGACGACGACUUCACCAGCUCGCCGGCGCUCGGCAACAACAGCCCGUGGGCCAGCAAGCCGCCCACAGGCCAGGACAGCAAACCCGAGAGCACGGCCUCCCAGCCCUCCCAGUAAAGAGACACUGCCUCCAGUGACGCCGCUGCACCACCAGGGUGCCCUAUAUCUCUCACUCUCUCUUUCUUUUAUUCUUUCUUUCUAUUAACCCUUUUUUCUACUGAGAAGGUGCCAGAACAUGUACUGAUUCUUGGAAACCAGAGAAACAUUUCCAUUGGUUUGACAGCCGUGCAAUAACUGCUGGAGAUCCUAAAAAGUUAAAACAUGUUAUCAUUAAAUUUAAGGAUGUGUCCCAAUGAUGUACUACUAGUAUUGCUAUUGUGGUAAGUAUUACAUAGAAUUACACUUAUAUUUUUGCCUUUCCAGGGCUUCCAAGGACUACACACAAUCAUUUACACUCAACACAGGUGAGAUUCGUCAGCCCAUUGCAGGGACACAGCAGGAGAGUUUAGCGCAGUUUGGAGUAUCCAACUUACCACAUUAACAUGUUUUUGGACUGUGGGAGGAAAUCCAAUCAGACAUGGGGAGAACAUGGAAACCGCAUCCAUAUAGGGAUUUGAACCCAGAACCCCAGCGCUGGGAAGUGGACAUGCAAACCACUAAGCAACUUAGCCACCAUGCCUCCUGUACUUACUGUAGUUUUACCAAUUAGUAUACAAUUGGGACAUAUCGUUACUUUCAACCUGUUAGUAGUGAUUUUAUUUAAUGUAUUUUGCAUGUUAAAUAGUAUUUUUUCACCACCGCUACAAAAAAAAUUCUAAUUGCACCCUUUGUGAUUUUUAUCAAGAUCAAAUGUUAGCGUUAGCUAAUGCUAGUGCAGCUAGCAGCAGAGUGAAUCCUGGUUGCAUUCACAUUUACAUGCAGAAGUGGCAUUUAUUCUUAUGAAAUUUGUUCCACCCCCUGUAAAACCCAAAAUGAUUGAUUAGUUCCACUAUCUAAAUUAACACAAAGAUAAUACAAACAAAAAAUAAAAACAUGAUUCAGUGACAUUUGAAGAACAAUUUUAGUUUUAUAAACAAAAAUAUAUGUAAAGACUAAAGUGUAAAGACAUUAAAACUUUUUUUACACUCAUCAGAUCUCCGUAACUAACAUGAUUCCUUUCCAGUUUCUCCAUGGCACUGAUACAAAAUCAUUUGUAAUGCUUUAAUUUUUAGAUUGUAGGCAUUGGCAUUGUGAUGAAUCAUGAUUUUUCAUCUUUAUUUUCAGUUUUUUUUAUUUUGGAACUCCAUGACACUGUACAUCAUGUGUAUUCUAUACCAGCAUGUAUUUGGUGCUGAAAAAGCAUGAGUUUUCCUUGCCAAGAAUCUUUAUUUUGAGGUGGAAAUAGAGCAUAGAGCAAUUCUGUUUCAGGCAGUGGCACCUUAUCAGUAGAAAAUGUUUUUUUUUUUUUUCUGACCUCACUUUCUACCCGGAUGAUGUAAUUCCUCAGUCAUGGUUUCAAUGGCAGUGUCCAUUUAUAUCAGAUACUACAUUCUGAGCUCCAAGACAGACUUCACCAGCGAUGGAUACUGGAAAAGGUUUGAAUGCCAUGAAACACAGUGACCUGCAGCCAUGAUGUGUGAGAUGUGCGAGAUGUUGAGAUGUUUUGGGGACUAAAGCAGCCCAAUGUUCUUCAGCAUCUAAACUAUAAACGGUCACCAAGGUAGCAAUACAUCUCCAUGGCGACCGCAGCUCCCAGCGGCGCUCGGCAACGGCCAAUCGUGAGCGAGACGGAUGCUGCUUGUCGUCGUCACAUUGGAGAACCGCUGGACUCCGGUGGAAAAAGGCAGUCGCUGAGCCGUCCACUGUUCACUUCACAAUUACGUGGUUUUGGUUUGGUUCUCGGAUUCGUUAUUAUUAUCAUUAUUUUUUUUUCCUUCCUCUCUGGUUUCUCUGUUUUCCUGCGUUCCUUCGACAUUAAAGAAGUCCCGCAUCUUCAGCUGGUGAUCGAGGAGGAGCAAAGACCUUGCAAUUGUGUAAAAUUUACAGUUGUAAUUUUACCAAAAAAAAAAAAACGAAGAAGCAGUUAUUUUGUUUCUGGGUCUAACUGUGUUCUUUUUAAGGACGUUGUGAAUAUUCUGUGAUCUCUUGUACUGUACCAAUGAGGUCGGUGCUCGCUCUCCGAUCGACGGCACAUAGUGACAAGCAUAUUCGUCCAAAUCUUACCUCUCUAUCCCUUUAACGACCCGCUCCCGGACCAGACUGUACCACGUUCCUGCAUGAUGUUCUGAGAAUCUGUAAAGCGUUUGUUUCUGUUCGUUUCCCCGGUCGGAGGCCGUGCUGGGUUCGGGUUCAUCAGUUUGGGGAAGCUGUUAGCAGGGUCAUGGCUGUGUAAAUAAAGACACUUUCUGCUCUGGUGGAUCCCGUUGAAGGCCGCUGACCCUGAUCCGCGAUGGCAGCUGUUUUGUUUAACUUUCAGUUGGUGGUGUUUUUUGAGAGCUCCUUUGUUUCUGUGUGAUGGACGACACUCUAAAUCCUCAAAUUCACUGUUUCUCAAUGUUUCUAUUAAUAUAUUUGAGGUUAUAUUCUUAUUUUUAGCGGUUGUCCAUUGACCAGUUUUUACACAAACAUAGAUGGAUGAAUGCACAUAUCCACCAAUUACAGAUGAGAGGUAGAUGAUGGACACUCAGAUACACCAAAAUAUAUUAAUUAAGAUGAACAUCGAGAAACAUUGGAUUUGAUGUGACAGUGUAUUUGUCGUACUGAGAGAGCUAAUUAUGCAUUUAUUGGUUUCAGUGUUGGGCCGAGGUGAAGUCAACUACACUCUUAUAUACUCUUAAAAUAAAGGUGCUCCAAAUGGCUCUUUGAUUUCCAUUUUUGACCAAAGUAGAACCGACUCUGUUCUACCCAGCUAACAGUGAAUUUUUUUUUUUACAUUUAACAUUCUAAGAAUGUUCAUUGUGUUAAGUUUUCUAGAUGUUCUUAGCACAUUAUAUUAUUUAACCUUUUUAACAUGCUUGGUGUCAAUGUUUAUUUUUUUUUUUCAGAAUGUUACUCCUAAUGUACAACAAAAGCAGUACAGCUCUGGAAAAAAUUAAGAGACCACUUUGGUUUCUGUAACAGUUUCUCUGGUUUUGCUAUUUAUAGGUAUAUGUUUGAGUAAAAUGAACAUUGUUGUUUAAUUCUAUAAACUACGGACAACAUUUCUCCCAAAUUCCAAAUAAAAAUCUUUUCAUUUAGAGCAUUUAUUUGCAAAAAUAAUAAAUGGCUGAAAUAACUAAAAAAAGAUCACAGUUUUUAUGCAUCUUUAAUGUUCUCUCCACCAGCUGCUUUUGAAUAACUUUAUGCCACUCCUGGUGCAAAAAUUCAAUGUUUUGUUUUAUGGCUUGUGAUCUUCCAUCUUCCUCUUGAUUAUAUUCCAGAGGUUUUUAUUAUCUCUUAUUUUUUUCCAGAGCUGUAUACCCUAUGUUAUAAUACUUUUGUCAUAUAAUGUCGUUUCUGAAAUCUGAACCAAAGAAGAAGUUUUUAGGUUUUUAGCACAAACCUAACCAAAAACGUCAAUUAAAAUUUAGGUUCAGGCAGACUUUACAUGCCAGACAUGCCAAAAGUGAUGUGUCCCAUGACUUUUGUCAUGUCCCGUAGAGCUGUGGGAUAUGUGUGUGUGCUGGGUCUCCAGCAUUGAAAGUAGAUGUGAUUUCUGCCAUAGUCACUUGUCUGUUGCAUGGACAAUUCUAGCCAGACACCAGGGGUCACGAUCAUUAUUACUUUUGGGCACGUCAGUGUAUAGGCACAAGAGCUGGGAAAUAUGACAAUAUUUUAUUGCAUCGUGAUCAAUUUUUUUUAUCAUAUCAACUGUAUACUUUUAAAAGUAUUAAAAGUAUAACAAGGCCACCAUGGCCGCUUAAAACACUCAUCCAAUGGUACAUUUAAUUACAAGCAGCUAUAAAAAAUCCUGUUUAAUUGAAUUAUGAGCAGCAAAAAUGUUCUAUGCAUAAAGAGUAAUUAAAUAGCAGUUUUUAAGAAUCUAAAAAAUACUCUGGUGCAAUAAAUAUUGUGUAUCAUAAAAUGUUUAAGUUUUAACAUAUCGACCAUCUCUAAUAGCCACUGCACAGCAUUACAACCAAUGCCUUAUUUAAGAUCACCUCAGGUGUGGAUGAUGGUGCAUCAGAAUGGCAUGAAUAUUUAACACUAGAUUUAAACAAGCAAUCUUCCAGUCCCGACUCACUUCAAAAACAUUUAGGCAACGGCUAAAUUUAAAUGCUCUUCAUACUUCAAAUUUCUGUUACAGCUAUGGUUCAUUAUAGCAUUAAAAUUAAAACUGGUUAUUGUGUGGCAUCAAGAACUAUUGGAAGCAUCUUUAUUUGUAAGAGUGAAGCUCCUGCACUAAUACAGACUGUGUGUUUUAUUGGGUUCAAUGUUCGAAAGUGAAGAAGCAAACCAUAGUGAUGAUGAAGUUGAUUAUAAUGAGGAUAAUGUGGAUGAUGGUCAGUACAGUCGACACUUAGCCAACCACAACAUGUAUUUUUGCUCUGUUCCUUUGUGUUUUAAUCGUUUUUAUUAUUUCCCCCUUAAAGAACUCACACCCUGAUGUAUUUCCAAGACCAACAACAACAGAAGAGCCCAAUCCUCUGAGGUCUUCUGUUCCGAUCUUGUAUUAUUGGAACUCUGCACUGUUUGUAUAAUAUUUAGCAGAGGUGUUUUUGUGUCAUAUCCAAAGUCUUGUAUGUAUGCUUUGCCAUUUUGUGUGCCAAUAAAAUGUGCUUACAGGA